CGCAACUCAUUACAGUUAAAAUAAAACAACAAACAAAGUAAUGUAAGUUCUAGCAUUUUUGAGAGAUGUAUAAUAUUAGUAAAUAACAAAUUAAAAAUCUGGGCAUGCUCUCACUAAAAAAAAAAAACACUUAUCAUCAUCAUUAUUUUUAUCACUGUUCAAUGCGGUCUCGGUAGCGUCAAGAAAAACGUGUAAGAACCAAUUUCGCUGUGUUCGGACACCUUUGUUCGCCUGACUUAAAAGAAACAUGUCGAGUUGGGCGCAAGACGCUGACGAGCAAGAGAAGUUAGUCUCGAGUCUCUCAAAAGAGGUGUCUGCAGUUAGCAUUGACGGGUCCGGCGACGCCAGUCCGAGCAAUGAUGGCGAAAAGAACAGCGUCACCGGCAACGAUGAGCCCGCGCUUACCGAGGCGGAGGCGUCACUUAUGCGGAAGAUACUUCGUUCGCGCAUCGUUAGCUCGACGCACGAAGUAGAAGUCGAUCGCAGAGACCCAAACUCGCCGCUCUUCUCCAUCAAGACUUUCGAAGAGCUGAAACUGCGUCCCGAACUGCUGAAAGGCGUGUACGCCAGCGGAUUCGACCUGCCAUCCAAGAUCCAGGAGACGGCGCUGCCGACGUUGUUGGCCGACCCUCCGCAGAACAUGAUCGCCCAGUCGCAGAGCGGUACGGGAAAGACAGCGGCCUUCAUUUUGGCCAGCUUGAGUCGAGUGGACGAAUCGCAGCGGUACCCGCAGGUGCUGAUUCUGUCUCCCACCUACGAACUGGCCAUACAGACUGGACAGGUGGCCAAGAAGAUGGCUCAGUUCUGCAAGGGCAUCACCUUCUGCUACGCAGUCCGCGGAGUCACCUUCUCGCACGGGGACAAGAUUGAAGACCAAGUAAUCCUCGGCACACCAGGGAAGAUCAUUGACUGGGCUUUCAAGUUCAAGUUUUUCGAUCUUUCCCGCAUCAAAGUCUUUGUCCUCGAUGAAGCGGACAUUAUGAUUGCCCAACAGGGACAUCACGACCAGUCCAUACGCAUUCACAAGCGACUUUCUUCAAACUGCCAGAUGAUGCUGUUUUCAGCCACUUAUGACAAAGACGUCAUGGAGUUUGCCGAGAUGAUCAUCUCCAACCCUGUGAUUAUUCGGUUGCGAAAGGAGGAGGAAAGCCUUGACUACAUCAGGCAGUACUACGUGAUUUGUGUCAACAAAGAAGAGAAGUUCUCGGCCAUUUCCAAUAUCUAUGGCGUGCUGUCCGUCGGACAGAGCAUCAUCUUCUGCCACACACGACAAGCAGCUGUUUGGCUGGCUGGAGAAAUGACCAAGGAGGGUCACACUGUGUCCCUGCUCUCGGGCGAACUCACUAUUGAGCAGCGUGUUGAUGUGCUUACGCGCUUCAGAAGGGGUGUCGAGCGUGUCCUCAUCACCACAAAUGUCUGUGCUAGAGGCAUCGAUGUGGAGCAGGUGACUGUGGUCAUAAACUUUGACCUUCCAGUUGACAUGAAGGGGCGGGCUGAUUGUGAAACAUACCUGCAUCGCAUUGGGCGCACUGGCCGGUUUGGAAAGAGUGGCUUUGCUGUCAACUUGGUUGAGGGCAGCCGUGGUUUGCAAGUCAUUAAGCAGAUUGAGGAGCACUUUGCACGAACCAUCAAGAAAUUGGAUUUCAAAGACUUGGAUCAAUUGGAGAGCAUGGUACGCGGCCAGAGCCUCGUCAAGUGAGCAAGAAACUGUACAAAUUUCUGUCAGAAUAUUGUCAUCGCAACAGUGCUUGGGACGUCACCAGUUCAACAUUUGUUUACACAUUGGCCAUGUAUGAAACCAUGAACUUGCUGCAAGGAUUCUGCAAGGCAGCGUUUACGGAACUGCACCUCCACCAGUGUGCUCACAAGGAACUGUGAAAUCGCGUUUUUUUAGCCAUUAGUAUAAACAUAUUUAAAGCAUCUAAGUUGACUGCUGUAUUUCGUACGUGCUCUGCGAUGAAAGCUGCUGCACAUUAGCAUAGUGUAUGUUACGAAUGUGGGUGUAUUUGCAGAUGAAUGGAUUGUCGGUUUCAUUUGAGAGACAAUGCAGAGUAUUGAUUGCAGUGUGUCUGUGAUAUCAGGCUGGGAAAUUGAAGUAACUGAACCAUUGAUUGUUUAAUGAAUGCUGCCAAUAAGUGGACAAAUUACUGCAGUGAUUGUAACGAAGAGUGGUAUGGCAUCUGAAAGCUGUUGAUGUUUAUUUGCUGCUGUUUUUUACAAGCGUAACUUUAUGUGCCUCUGUUCAUGAACAGUUUUAUUGGCUGGUUCUGCUUAAAAGUGAAGUUGUUUAUUUUCAUUCGUUUUAAUUUAUUCUUGAUGUUGUAGUAGUGAUCACUUAUGUCGUUGUGGUUUUGCCUCAAGUAAAAAAGAAGUGACAGCCUAGACUCAUGAGUGGUUAACCUGCACUUACUGUCUUGCUUAACAAAGUUGCUUCAGUGCACCGAAUGGAUACGGCAGGCCGACAUUAUUUUGCCCAAAAAUGCUGUAAGGCACAAAGUGCUGUUGGAAAAUUUGUGCCAAUAAUACCUGGAAUAAAAUGAAUUGCUUAAUGUUUCACGAUGC